GCGUAUACUUCUCAUCUUAAUUUUUCGCUGUUAUUACAUCUUGAUAUCUAUAGAGGAAUCACGGUAUCCGAUUUAAUUCGAAUUAAUCACCGGUUUUAUCGUAUGUCAUUACGAUGCAGGCGAUUGUGAUCGCAUUUUUCUUGUUGGUCUGCGGCCUAGCCGCAAUCGUGAUAUCUGACAUUUCGCAAGAUCUUUCGCUGAACGCAUUCAUGAAAAUGAUGCAGGAAAGCAGAAAACGGCCGAAUAGCACUAAAUUCAAUUCUGAUAUCAACCUUAAUACGCUACAAAUGAUAAAAAAAGCUGGUUAUCCAGCGGAAGCUCAUAUUGUACAGACUGAGGACGGUUACCUCUUAACACUCCAUCGUAUUCCAGGUAACAAGAAGUUAUCCAUGUUGUUACAACAUGGUCUUUUCGGCAGUUCCGCCGACUGGGUCAUUCCCGGCAAGGAUAAAGGACUUGCUUUCAUAUUGGCCGAUCGGGGAUAUGACGUUUGGUUGGGCAAUUUUCGUGGGAAUACCAAUUCGAGAGCGCACAUUUCUUUAUCUCCGUCGGAUUCAAAAUUUUGGAAUUUUAGCUUUCACGAACUGGGCAUCUAUGAUUUAUCUGCGAUGAUCUCGUAUAUCACGGAUAAGACGUCACAAAAAUUGCACACGUAUAUUGGUCAUUCAAUGGGUACAACUGCUUCUUAUGUAAUGGCAGCAGAACGUCCAGAUAUUGCUCAAAUGGUACAAGCAAUAAUUAGUCUCGCGCCUAUAGCUUUUGUAGAACAUAUAAAAAGUCCAAUACGAUAUUUUGCUCCUUUCGUCAACGAAUUAAAGAUAAUAGCGCAUUUCUUCGGCGAGGAUGAGUUUCUGCCGCAUAAUAGUGUGCUGCAAUUUCUAGCGAAGCACAGCUGCGAGGUAAAUUACAUUGAGGAGAUCUGUACCAACAUAAUAUUCUUGAUCUGUGGAUUCGAUAAAGAACAAUUCAAUUACACUCUGCUCCCAACGAUUCUGAAUUACGAUUCAGCCGGUGCUUCGACCAAAACGCUGAUACACUUCGGUCAGGAAAUCGAGUCAGGCAAAUUUCGUCAAUUCGAUUAUGGACGCGAGAAAAAUCUAUUGAUCUACAAUGCAACUGAACCGCCGGACUAUAAUCUAACAAACAUCAAACUGCCAAUUGGGCUAUUCUACGCCGACAAUGAUUGGUUGGCUGAUAGUUUGGACGUGAAAAAGCUAUACAACUCAUUAUUACCCAACAUAUUUGACUUGUAUAGAGUACCGUUGCCUAAAUUCAAUCAUCUGGAUUUUAUCUGGGGUAAAGAUGCACCCAAACUUGUGUAUAAUGAACUGUUUAAUGAUUUGCAAUUGCUUAAGAUCAGAAGAAUAUAAUACAUCAUGACUGAUAAUAUAGCAUAAUUGAUAAUAAAGAUAAGAGACUGAGAUGCUAAAAUCUUGGUACGAUUGUAAUGGUAUAUUAAAAAUAAUUUAAUUCAUAGUGUUUUGUAGUUUAUACAGAAUUAUAGAAUAUAUGCAUAUAAAGAGUUAAUUUGUCGUUUUGAUGAGUUAAUUUGUCGUUAUUUUAAUGUGGAUUUCGAGGAA